AUGGGAGAUACUUUGUUUUUCAACGGCCAUCAGGCUAAAGCCCCCUACCAUGUCAACUAUCCACCCACCGUUCCAAGGUACCCAAGCUCACAAGAAAUGUUCAGGAGGGAGAGUCCAGACAAAUACACUACACUGAAGAGGGAGAGAGUUUCUUACCAGCAUUGGACCGACAAAUGGUACGACAACGGGUACCCAACACUCCAGCGUCGGGAGCUGCCCAAACGCUCAGAUAGACACGAGCCCUGUAGCCAGCCAUGGCAGUACAAUGUUGGUACCUCUGCUAUCAGUCGGUGGUCUAAGGAUGGCAAAGACUGGCCAGUAUCUCCUAAAUACCUCACCCAGGGCAGACCUCCAACUGAGGCCACGCGAGCACGUGGUAUCAACCGUCUCUCACUUCCCCGUGAAGAAAAUCUGUACCCGUUCUCAAACUUCAUGACGUCACAAUACAGAAAGCCAGUUUAUUCCGUAUUUGGACAUCUACAGAGAGACAAGGUUUAUGGCGUUACUCAUCAACACAACAGACACGGAAACAUGCCCUUUGAGGAUUACUACUAA